AUGUUUUGUCUUCUGGGGGAACCCUACCAGGAAACUUAUGGUCAUAUUUUGGAAGUUCCAGUCACUCGGGAGCAAGUAAAUCAUUAUCGGAAUGUGGCUGAAAAUGCUCAGAGCGAACUGGCGGCCACUGUGGUCAAAUUUGAAUGUGCUCAGUCGGAGCUUCGAGACCUCCGAUCCAAGAUGCUUUCUAAAGAAGUUUCCUGUCAAGAGUUGAAAGCUGAAAUGGAGAGCUAUAAAGAGAGCAAUGCCCGAAAAUCAUCUCUCCUCAGCUCGUUGAGAGACAGAGUUCAGGAGCUAGAGGGAGAAAGAACAGCACUUUCCACUUCGAAAAUGAGAACAGAAAUUACAGCUCACACCACCAUCAAGGAGAACCAAGGGUUAAAGAUGAAACUUACAGCAUUAGAAGAAAAAUUACAAAAGUGUUUAAAGGAAAAUGAGGAGAAUAAGAAUGAAGUCUCAAAGAAUUGCAGAAAACAGGAGGAAUUUCUGUCUCAACUUCACGACUGCUUGGAUCUGGAUAAGAAGAAUGAAAAAGCAUCAGAUGAAGAUUUGAUUUUAAAGCUUCGAGAACUGUGCAAGGAGAAUGCAUUUGCAAAAGGACAGAUUGUGACUCUUGAAGAGACCAUAAGUGUCCAUGAGAUGGAGUCAAAGGCCAGCAGAGAGACCAUCAUGAGGCUGGCUGAGGAAGUCAGCACACAGCAGGAAAAGGCUGCCUCCUGUCUGGAAGAGAACACCAAAUUGAGCCAGGACUUGCUCGGGGCUGUAGAGGCAAAAGAAGCUCUUGAAAAGGAAGUUAAGAUCUUCCAAGACAGGCUCCUUGCUGGCCAGCGGGUCUGGGAUGCCUUGAAGCAGGAGCUGAGCCACCUGAAGAAAAGCUCUUCUGAACUGGAGAAGAGUUUGAAGGCGAGUCUGGACAAAGCUGCAGCCUCGCAGAACCAGUACUCCUCAUUUCGGGAGAAAAUCGUAGCUCUCCUUAAGGGCAGCUGGGGCUUCACAGGGACCACGGAGGAUGCCAUCCUGGAGAAGAUUCAAGAUAUGGGUGGCCAGAAAGAGAGCAGGAAAAGGAUGGUCUCCCAGCUUGAUGCCCAAAUAUCAAAGCUCAUGGAACAGUUGGGGAAUGAGGCGAGGCUGCACCAGAAAGCUUUUCAGAGGGCCCAGAAAGCAGAGAAUCAGUUAGAAACUCUUCAGGGCCAAUUAACACAACUGGAGGAAGAGCUGGCAUCUGGAGAGUGUUUGAGAGACAACUUGAAUUUUGAGAACCAAAAAUAUCUUAGAUUUCUGGAUCAGCUUUCAGAAAAAAUGAAGUUGGACCAGAUGGCUGCUGAACUUGGCUUUGACAUGCGUCUGGAUGUAGUUUUAGCCCGCACAGAGCAGCUGAUCCGCCUUGAGAGCCAUGCAGUCGUUGAAAACAAGACGAUCGCCCACAAUUUACAGAGAAAGCUCAAGACUCAGAAAGAACGACUGGAGAGUAAGGAACUACACAUGACCCUCCUCCGGCAGAAGCUAGCCCAGCUUCAAGAGGAGAGGCAGGCGCGCACAGCCCUGGCGGUGGAGAGGGACGAGGCCACCGUCGCCAGCCGGAAGCUGGAGAAGAAGGUGGACAGACUGCAGAAGGAGCUGAGUGCCUGUCGAGUAUCGAACACUGAGCUCAAAGCCAAACUUGCUGACACCAAUGAGCUUAAGAUUAAAACUUUGGAACAGAACAAGGCCAUUGAAGACCUAAAUCAAUCCAGAGACAAACUGGAGAAGAUGAAGGAGAAAGCCGAGCGGAAACUGAUGUCAGUCAAGACCAAACUGGACACCACAGAGCAUGAGGCGGCGGAGCAGAGAGAGAAGGCCAAGAAUAUGAUAGAAGUGGUAACCAGUGAGGUGAAGAUCCUAAAAAAAUCUCUGGAAGAGGCCGAAAAGAGAGAAAAACAGCUGUUGGACUUCAGGGACGUAGUUUCCCAGAUGCUGGGCUUAACGGUGACCAGUCUCGCCCUUCCUGAGUAUGAAAUCAUCAAGUGUCUUGAAAGACUCAUCCACUCACAUCAGCACCAUUUUGUCACCUGUGCUUGCUUCAAAGAUGUGAUCACCGGGAGAGACAGGCACCCACCAGACCACUUAAAGCCUCUUCAUUGA